GGAUCUCUCAAACCACCAUGACAUGGCAACAUUUCUGUCAUUGUCUGCUGUGUUAUAAAGGGCCAAUUCAAUUCAACAGGGGAGUAAUACUCGCAGGUCUGGUGGAAGUGUAACUAAUACAGGCUGUGCUGAGGAGCUACCAUGCAUUGCUAAUGAGACACAUGCAGCCAGGAAGUUGUACUCGCAAAGCUCCUGAAGCUGCAUGUAGUUACCAAGCUUGAUGUCUCCUGCUCUUUUCCUCUUUUACAUUGCAUUCUUUAAAGUAAUGAGUCCAAUUAUCUAACCUCUGAAGAUUUAAACACACUGUAGAAAUACACAGUUGUAAGAUGCCCUAUAAUCAAAGCCCUUAAUUUGGAUAAAUUACCUUUUUCCAAUUUAUACUGAAAUGAACAUUGUAGGAAAGCUCAGUUUAAUGAUACCAUGGAGUAUAUUCUUGCUUCAUUCACUGCUGUCCACUUUGCAAGUAUCUUAUUGCAAGCCUCCUCUUUUGAGAAGAACUUUGAGAACUGAGUCUAAUGCAACUCGACAGAAAAGAGAUCUUGUAACAGCCGAGGUUCAAUCUGCCUCUCAGUUGCACCAUCAUGGGGCCCUGAUGCGGAGUCCACCAGGAGGUUCAUGUCCUCAGGAAUGCCUUAAUGGAGCAGCCUGCACAGAGGCAGGUGACUGUGACUGUCAGUUAUUUCAGGCUCAAGGAAGCAGGUGCCAAAUUGUACCUAACACUGGUAAGGACCGAGAUGGGAUUUGCAAAUCAUGGGGACAGUAUAAUUUUGAAACAUUUGAUGGCAUCUACUACUACUUCCCAGGGAAUUGCUCUUAUAUAUUUGCAAAAGACUGCAGUACUCUGGAACCUCAGUACACUGUUUGGGUUCAUAACAGUCCUCACUGUUAUGGUUCAGUAUAUACUUGUCAUAGGUCUGUCAGCUUAUUUUUUUCAAACCAAGAAGAAAUAAUGAUUUCUGGACAUGAAGUAAGAAAAAGUGGAAUCAGAUUAAUAUUGCCUCAGACAGUUGGAAAUGCUUUCAUUGAGAGGCUGGCUGACUAUAUUCUGGUGAAGACUACCUUUGGUUUUUCUCUUGCUUGGGAUGGAAACUCUGGUAUUUAUAUUAAGCUGACAGAAGAUCAUAAGGGAAAACCUUGUGGCCUUUGUGGAAAUUUUAAUGGCAAUAAAUAUGAUGACCUGAUACUUCAAAAUAGUGAAUAUACAGAAGACAUUGCUGAAUUUGCAAAUAGCUGGGCUGUGGAAGCCUCAGAUGAUAUAGCUUGUGUCCCUAUUGCCUCAGAUUUUUCCAGUCCUUGCUCAGCCAAUCCAGAAUCCACUGAGGACAUAUUCUUCAAGUGCCAAAUAUUCCUACAGUUUCCUUUUCUCAGCUGUCAUGAAAGUAUAGAUCCGUAUUCUUACAUUUCAAGCUGUAUGAAUGAUCUUUGCAGAGUGGAUGAUGAUGAAACAUACUGCAGGGCAGUGACAGAGUAUGCUAGAGCAUGUUCUCACGCUGGGUCCCCGGUGCGGGACUGGAGGGAUGACUUUCCUGCCUGUACUGAGAAGUGUGAAGACACCUUUGUUCACCGUGACUGUAUCAGUUGUUGUCCACCAACUUGCACAUUUGAAAAGGAUUGUCUUGGCAGCAAUCUGCACUGUUUAGAUGGCUGUUACUGUCCAGAUGGUCUCAUUAUGGAAAAUGGAACUUGUAUCUCUUUGUCAAAUUGUCCUUGUGUUUAUCAUGGAACCGCUUUCCCUGUAGGCUCAAAAAUUGAACAAGAAUGCAGCAACUGUAUUUGUGUUGGUGGCAUUUGGAACUGCACUGAUCAUGAUUGUCCAGCUGAGUGCUCCAUCACAGGCAGCUCUCAUUUCACGACAUUUGAUGGACGUCAUUUUACCUUUCUUGGAAUUUGCCAGUACAUUUUGGUAAAAGGCACUGGAAAAAACAAAUUCACAAUCACUUUACAAAAAGCACCUUGUGGACAGAACUUUGACCACGCCUGCAUUGAGUCUAUAACACUGGUUCUUGAAGAUGAUGAGAGGAAACAAGUAACUCUCACAAGAUAUGGUCAAAUCCAAACUGUCCCUAACCAAAUUUUUAACCUCAAUGGGGCUAUUGAAAUUCAGAAUAUAUCUUCUUUCUUUGUUCAACUGAAAACUAGUUUUGGUUUGAAGAUACUGUUUGCUAAAGAUGGAGAGAGGAUCUAUGUUCAAGUUGAUGUCAGCUGGAAGAGAAGAACAUUAGGACUAUGUGGAACUUACAAUGGAAAUUUAAGAGAUGAUUUCCUAUCUCCAGCAGGGAUGAUAGAAGGGACCCCACAACUUCAUGCCAAUGCAUGGAAGGUUUCCUCAGCUUGCUCCAUGCCUAUCAAUAUCCCUGUGGUUGAUCCCUGCAACGUGAAUCAGCAAAAUGCUGGGUAUGCAUCUCACUGUGAUAUCAUCAACCAAGACGUGUUUGCUCCCUGCCAUGCCUACAUCAGUCCAGGGCUGUACUACCAGCUCUGCCGCUUCGAUGCGUGCAAGUGUGGAAGCAGCUGCCUGUGCAACGCUUUGGCGCACUACGCUUAUGUCUGUGGCAAGCACGGCGUCAUCAUUGACUUCAGAUCUCAUGUGUCUUACUGUGCUGUCAUGUGUCACAGUGGUAUGCUUUAUCAUCAGUGCUCUUCUUUUUGUAAGCAUUCCUGUGCUUCACUUUCUAUGGUAAAUAUCUGUGCCGAUGACUGUGCAGAAGGAUGUAAUUGUCCUGAUGGGAAGUAUUUUGAAGAGUCAGUCAACUUUUGUGUAUCAAUAUCUGGCUGUCAUUGUCAUUACAAAGGCAGAGCUCUACAGCCUGGAGAAAUCCUUCCUAUGCCAACAGGGUCCUGUCAAUGUUUGAAUGGAACAGUGAAAUGUAUUGAAGCCACUACAGAAAACAUAGUUCACAUAUGCCCUGAAGGAAAAAUCUACUAUGACUGCAGAUCUCCUCUGCCUGGGUUGCCAGCAUCGGGUGUGAAUUGUGGGAUCUCUUGUGCAAACCUUGCCAUGAACUUCUCCUGUGUCCCCUCACCACCCUGUGCAAGUGGCUGCAUUUGCCCCCCUGGGAUGGCUGAGCACAGAGGGAAAUGUUAUAUUCCUGACAGUUGUCCAUGCACCUGGAAAGACAGAGAAUUUCUGUCAGGAGAAGUGAUAGCUACCCCAUGUUACACCUGCGUUUGUCGUAGAGGUGUCUUCAACUGCACCAGCUACCCCUGCCCUGCUGUGUGCACCAUUUAUGGAGACCGACAUUAUUACACCUUUGAUGGGUUGGAGUAUGAUUAUGUCAGUGACUGCCAAACUUACCUGCUAAAGAGCACAGAUAACUCAAAUAUAUCUAUAAUUGCUCAGAACAAAAAGUGCUUUGACAAUGAUAUUGUUUGCUCAAAGAAUGUUUUCAUCACUGUUGGAGACACUGAGAUUUAUUUUAGCGAACCUUCUGAGAAGCAGAAGACCCUAGGGGCACAAGAAAACAAAUCUAACUAUCAGCUCUGGAAGGCUGGAUAUUAUACUGUGAUACACUUUCCAGAACAGGACAUUACAAUUCUGUGGGAUAAGAAGACAAUGAUGCAUGUAAAAGUUGGACCUCGAUGGAAGGGUAAACUAGCAGGCUUGUGUGGAAAUUUUGACAAAUAUACUUCAAAUGAUCUGACUACAUCAAACAACAUGGAGGUGAGAAAUGCACAGGUGUUUGGAGACAGCUGGGUAUUAGGACAGUGCAAGAGUCCAAAUGAAACACUGAGGCCAUGUGAAGUACAUCAGAGCAAAUUUCCUUAUGCAAAAAAGGAAUGCUCAAUUUUAUACAGUGAUCUUUUUGCACCUUGUCGCAAUGUGAUUGAUGUGACUUCUUUUAUCAAAAACUGUCACACAGAUACAUGCAACUGCAAUCUUGGUGGGGACUGUGAGUGUUUGUGUACCAGUAUUGCAGCUUAUGCCCACAAGUGCUGCCAGCAAGGAGCAGCGAUUCACUGGCGAUCUCCUUUGCUCUGUGCUUAUGACUGUGAAUAUUACAACCAAGGUCUUGGUGAAGGACCCUAUAUUUUGGCAAGUUUUGGCAUGCAUGACACAAUUAUAGGGGCUAAUGUAUCCAGCAGAAGGAUAUUUCCCUUACCUAGAACUGGAGCACAUGGAAAUGUAAUUUUCAGUUUCAUGAUAACUCCAGGUCUUUUCAAAGAUAAAGAUUUAUCUCUGUCUCUUGUUUCCCUUGAAUCUGCUGAAAGACCAAACUACUUUCUGUGUGUACAUGACAAUGAAACCAUUGGGUUGGAGCAGUGGCAGGCAAAUGCCUCCUUUCAGAGACGAGCCACCUUCUUCCACCACCAGGGUCUUUGGAGUCCAGGGCUCAGUGCCUUUGAGCUGCACAGUAAAAAAGGUUUUUUCAUCAUUCUCACCUCAUCCAGUCUUAAAGUGGAAAAGUAUGAUGGUUCAGAAGAAUUCAAACAUUUCAGUAGCUUUAGUAUUGAAGAACUCAGUGCUUCUGUGCCUUACAGAAGGAUGUGUGAAUGGCGAUAUGAAUCUUGUGCUAAUCCUUGUUUUAAGACAUGUAGUGAUCCUGAAGGAAUAGCAUGUAAAUUUCUUCCUCUGGUUGAAGGAUGCAUGCCAUACUGUCCAAAAAACAUGAUCCUUGAUGAGGUCACACUUAGAUGUGUUUAUCCAGAAGACUGCAUACCUGUGACACCUACAAAAUCAGAAGUUGGACUGAAACCUUCACUGUUAAUCUCUCACAUGGGUCCUACCACAGAGAGAUUUCCUCAGACACUCCCUGUAUUUGUUACUUCAGGGAACAAAUCGACUCUCAUCGGUGUGACAGACAAAAUAACCAUAAAUGCAAACACAGCUUCAAGGGGAAUGGAUAUGUCGGCACAGUCCAUUACAGACUUUUAUUCAUUGGAAGCUUCUAAUGCAGCCACCUAUUCAACAUUUUCAUUACCAAGUACAGUGGAGCCUUCUGAUGUACUUCACAGUACAGCCAGCCCUACUGCCCUUUCCAAACCCAUCCCUUCAACUGAUUUUCCAGUUCUUUUUCAAGCCUCAGCAGUCACAUUACGUACUGCCCGCUCUAAUGCAUCUAUAACUUUACCCACUACAAUAACAACUCCAACAACCCUGCUCAGUGCGAGUCCUAGUCUGACACAUUCUGCAUUAUUAACACCCACUUCCCUAGUGGUAGUUCCAUUUUCACUCGAAACAUCAACCACUCAGCUAGGACCAGUUCGACCUUCCUCAGCACUAACAACUUUAGCCUCCAAGAUAUCUUUGGUCACUUCUGAGCUGCCUGCAGGGAUUGGGAAGAGUAGGAGUCCUUCAGUAAGUCAUUCUAAGGGAACAGAAAUAAACCAGCCUUCUGUGCCCUCACCUCCUCCUAAGACCACUCAUAUCUCUAAUGUUUCUCUAGGAAAACAGAGUUCUUCGGUAAGUUCUUCAGAAGAAGAUGGAAUGAUAUCAGUCAUACCAGCUGGAAUCAUCACUCAAUCCACUACGCCAGUGAUCACAAACACAACGGUGAAAUCUACAUCCUCAAAAGCACCUUAUAUUUAUGCAAAAAUGUUACCUAGUUCUUCAGCCAGUUUAUUAGUUACUUCAGGCACCACCACCCUAGCCUCUAGGAUUACUACAAAAACUGCUGAUUCUUUUGUUGUCAAUUUGGAUUUUUAUAUGGCUUCAGCUUCAGUUCCUACUACCAUAGAAACACAGAAAUCUUUAUUUACAACUGCAGUAACUCAAGCUUCACAGAGCACUAGAGAAACUCCAAAGAUUAAUAUAAUGGAAACAACUGGUACUACAAAUCCAUUAUCACAGAUGAAGAGUACUUCAUACGUAGCAUCAGCAGUUAAAUACACAACUUCAUUUGAAAAAACUGUGGAUAUUUCAGAAGAUGGUCAGACAUCACAUGAGCAAAAAAAUGCUACCGAGACAAAGACAACCACAACUGACAAAUCUUCCCCACCUUUUUUGCCAGUAACUGCACUUCAAAGUCUGCUCUUUUCAAGAAAUACAACCUCAGUCAAAAAUAUCUCUAUUUCUGGAGUCCUGGAUGUAACAACAUCAGAUAGGUCCAAAAUCCCAACACAGAAACCCAUUACACCUUAUUUUAGUGUAACAGAGGCCACAGAGCUGCAAACCAGAGCUAUAAUAGAUUUAUCUCUUACUAGUGGUGGAAUGGUUCUGCCUUCCUCAUCAGAAACUAUGGCUGUAGCUGACAAGGCUUACUUUGGCACGAUGAUGCAUACACUGAUAUCUACAUCUUCUGAGUGUAUGCCAAGAUACCUCGAACCUGUUGACAAAUGUAGCCAGUAUGUAUGCGUUAAUACGGCUUGGAUGUUAUACAAUCUUUCAAGGAACUGCCCUAAGGAUGUGCAGAAGCCAGAUUGUGGUUUUCGAGGAAUGCCUGUUCAAGUUAACACUGACAGCUGUUGUCCAGAAUGGGAAUGUCCCUGUCAUUGUUCUGUACUGUCUGAACUGAGUGUUAUUACAUUUGAUGGAAAUAAUAUAGCCCUCUGUAAUAUGGCUUCCUAUAUUUUAGUCAAGUUACCAGGAGAAAUUAUUGUUGCUCAUAUUGAAAAAUGUCCUGCUAAUCAGAGUGCAAAUUCAAUAAGAAAGCUAGUGCCACCUGCAAACACUUCAGGACUCUGUUUUAAGAAAUUAAAUGUCACAACACACACUUGUCAAAUACUUAUCAAUCGUUUAGCAAGAAAAGUAGUUGUGGAUUCUGUAAUUCAACAAUUACCGUUUUCAAAAGAAGGACUGAGUAUCCAGGAUACUGGUGCAAUGUAUGUGGUUAAUACCCCAGCUGGUAUUAGCAUCAAGUGGGCUCAUGUUACAGGCAUCAUAGAUAUACAGUAUGGAUUACACUCUAACACAACGAGGAAGACAGAAGGACUUUGUGGGGUUUGUAAUGGAGAUCCUAGUGAUGAUCUGAAAAUGCAAAACAUGACCAUAAUUACGAAUAUGGAGGAAAUUGAAGCAUUCAUCAAGAGUUGGGAAAUUGAGAAAUCACUUGAUGUAACAACCAGGAGGCCAGUAAGAAACUGUACUGAAGAUAACUGCACAUACUGUAUGGAACUGUUAAACAGAAGCAUUUUCAUCCCUUGUCACAAGAAAGUGUCACCACAGGAAUUUUGCAAGAAGAUGUGGAUCAACAGUACUAAUUUUUGGAACUAUGAGUGUGAUGCACUUUCUGCAUAUGUGGCAUUAUGCAACAAGCACAACAUCUGUAUUAAAUGGAGGACACCUGAUUACUGUUCGCUGAGCUGUCCUGAGGGCAAGGAAUACCAGCCUUGUGUGCAACCCUGUGAAGCUAAGACAUGCUUGAAUAAAUGGUUCUAUGAAGAUUCUCCCUGUUCCUAUUUAAGGGAAGAUUGUGUGUGUAAAAAUGGUACCAUUCUGCAUAGAACAGACUCUGACCUCUGUAUACCAGAAGAAAAAUGUACAUGUACAGAUAAUAAAGGACAACCCCGCUCUCCUGGGGAGAUCUGGAAUGGAUCCAUGAGGGGGUGCUGCAUGUAUGGCUGUUUAGAAAAUGGAAGCAUUAUUGCUGUAGAACCUGAGUGCAGUGAGGAUCCACCACCACUCUGCGAAAGAGAAGGGGAAGUUCUACUCCAUGUCAUUGAAGAGAGAGCUUGCUGUCCCAAGAAAGUUUGUGAAUGUAACAUGUCAUUGUGUGAUGCUGCUAUUCCAACAUGCAAACCCAAUGAAAAAUUAGUGGUAGGCUACCACCCCCUGUCCUGCUGUCCACAGUACCGAUGUGAAUGUGAUCCUUCAGUUUGUUUCAAUGCCUCCCAGCCUGACUGCAGAGAAGAUCAGUUUAUUGUUGAAGCAAAACAGGAAGAUCCCUGUUGUUUCUCUCAUCUCUGUGUUUGUGAAUCCUGUAUUGAACCAGUUCCCUUGUGUAGUGAAGGGGAAAUUCUCACUGUAGACCUUAAUACCAUACACUACUGUUGUCCUCAUUACUACUGUGUUUGUGAUGAAAAACUUUGUUCUGAGCCUCCUAUGAUUUGCACAGAUGACAUGACACCUGUGAAGGAAAAAAUACUUGGGCAAUGUUGUCCAGAAUGGCACUGUGAGUGUAGUUGUGAAAAUGCUACCAUGCUGACCUGCAAAUUGGGAGAAGUUAAAAAAAUAGAUAGCAGUGUUUCCAGUGCUUGUGGAUGCACUCACUACAUUUGUGAGAAGGAUGAUGUAUGCAUCUUCCAAGAGGUCACAGUACUGAAUCCUGGGCAGUCAGUGAUUCAGUACCUGGAUGGAGACCUUUGUUACACUGUGCAGUGUUUACAAGAAAAAGAUCAGAACACAGGUUACAAUGCCAUGCAUUUCACAAUGAUGAACUGUUCCCAACAAUGUGAAGCUCAUCAAGUAUAUAUUCCUUCCUUCAGUCUCCAUACUUGCUGUGGUACGUGUCAAAACGUGUCCUGCUCUUUUCAUACAGAGAAUGGAACGCUUAUUGUGUAUGAGGAAGGAAGCACCUGGACUUCAAACUGCACCAACUACAAAUGUGUAAAGACUGCUGCAGGGGCUAUUGUAAUGGGGUCAAGUGUUGUCUGUCCCCCAUUUAAUGACACUGAGUGUAUAAAGAAUGGAGGAAUUGUGGACUCGUAUAAUGAUGGCUGCUGCAAGACCUGCAAAAAGGAAGAAAGGAUAUGCCAGAAAAUGACAAUCAGGACAACCAUAAGAAAAAAUGACUGUAUAAGUCAAAGCCCGGUAAAUGUGGCUUCUUGUGAUGGAAAAUGCCCAUCUGCAACAAUUUUCAAUGUCAAUAUUGAUAGCCAUCUAAGAUUCUGUAAAUGUUGUCGAGAAAUUGGAACGCGAGUCCUGACUGUGCCCUUGCGCUGCUCAGGAAACGGCACCGAAAUUCUGUACGUCAUUCAAGAGCCCAUAGACUGCUCAUGCCAAUGGAACUGAACCUUGCUGGGGACAUGAUUUAGCUUUCACCAGACACAGUUUUUUGGUCACAGUUUUAUACCAUGGAUGGGUAUAAUAUUCUGCAGGGAAAUAGAAAAGGCAUCACUUAUGCUUUAUGAUGUAACUUUUCUCAAAUUUAGCAAAGAUGUUGUUUGUUCUUCAAUUUGUCCUUGAAAAUAUUGGCAAGAAUAGAAAGAAAAACAUAAAUCCUUUUGAAUAAGGUGUAGUUUAUCCAUAAUUUAUUUCUACUCAGUGGCUUUCUGAUGACAUGGUGAAAAAAGCUGCUUAGUAUUUCCAUUGCUUUAAAAUUUUGGAUCAUGGCUACCUAUAAAACUUGAGAAUUUCUCAAACCAUUUCUCAGUGGUUCAUUUACUUAGAGGCUGCCAGUUGAAAACCAUCACCAGUCCUAUGUUUAAAUGGGAAAGAGCAUAUUAGGAUUUUGAAAAUGACUGAAUUAGUUUAUUUUAAAAAUAGUGGGUUCAGCUGUAACAUUUUUUACCUCACUCAAAAAUCCAUUUUUUGUGCAUUAAGCUGUUGCCAAUGAUUGGAUUGUGCUUACACUCUAAGUCACUGAGAAACAACACGACUGUGAUCUGUAUACAGGAAAGCUCUCAAAGUUUAGGAAAUCUCCAGCGUAUAUGGCACAAUCAUAAUAUCUUGAAAUCUUAGAUGUAUUUAAUUUUAUGUAUAUUGUAAAUAUGAAGCAUGACUAGGCACAGGCUGAAGAGUGAUAGCUUUUGUGUGUUAAAAAUAUCUGAAAGCCACUUCUGUUAUGAAGGUUUCCACUUUAUAUCAAUUUUUUAAAUUUUCAGAUAAAAGAAAUUGGCUGUUUGCUACUGUAGAAUAAGAUUAUAUGUAUAUAUAUUUAUUAAAAACCCCACAAUACUGCACAUUUAAAAUAUUCAUAAUGGGUUUUGUCUGUUUUCCAGUCUAAAGAUUCAUGUUCAGUAUAUUUUUGAACUCUUUUUUUUCAGUACAGAUAUUUAGACUAUUGCCUGAAUUUAGGAUUCAAAAUCUUUGAGUCCUGGAAAAAAAUUCAGGUAAAAUAAAUGUUUUAAGGGAUUUAGGUGAGUUAUUCAUGCCCAAUCAAGCUGUAAAUAUCCAUGAUUCAGCACCUUAAGGUGAAUAUCAUCUCCCUUUUACUCAACAUACUGCAUAACCUGCUUUUAAAAAUAAAGUUUAAGCUUGUUUUUAGGACAUUACUCUGCUUUAUAAACCCACUGAAUGAAAUUUAUAUUAAUUAUGACAGUAUUUUCCUUAUCAAUUUUCCUUUGAACUGUGUCAGAAUUGAAACUCUUGUUUAAAAGUUUGAAAAUCUUCAGACAGUUCUGAUUUCAAGCUGUCAUCAUUUAAUUAUGAAAAGGUUGGAUUAUCACAUGGGUUAUUGCAGUGUAAUACAAGCAAUUAAAACUGCCUUAAAAUCCAAGGCUAUUUUUCUACUUUGUGUGAUAAAUCUUUAAUUGUUUGCUCCAUUCAGUUUGAUGGCUUAUAAAGAAAAAUAGCUUAUACAGAGAAAUCUAUCAUUAUUACAAGACUCAUUUACUCAUCCCUAUCAUUAAAAAGAGUGACUUGGUUUAAAAAUUAAGUAGAAAUACAUUGUAAAGUAUUACCAAAAUAUUUAACUAUUAUAAAAAAAUAAUGAUCUACUAAUUAUCAAAAUAAAGUGACACUUUGAGAAAGCCUAUGCUUCAUCUGCAUGUUUUUCUAUUUAUAAGGCAGAUAUUUCAAGCUGUAUUAUAUACCAGGGCCUAGAACUAAAAUAUUCUCUGAUACUUCUGUCAGAAUUUGUGCAUAGAAACUUUUCAUGCAGGCAAGAAAUAGAAGUUAAAUCAUAGUCAUAGCUGUAAUGCUGGUGUACUUGUAUGGCAAAUUAAAGGACAACUUUAUAAAAAACCCUAUACUUUUGAUUUUUUUUUUUAGCUAGAAGUAGGUAUCCCAUACUUGCAUUAAGAGAUUUGGCCCAAAUCUACUUAAUGAAUUUAGCAUUUGAUAAAAAGGAAGCUCUCAAAAUAUAGCAGUUUUCAAUAUAAUAAACAAACAUAUUCAUUGAACAUUUGUGGCCUUUUAUAAGCCAUGUAAGCCAUUUGCUUUUCUAUGAUUUAAAACUGUGUUUGUAAUUGAAAAGAAUUUAAUAAACAUUAUUUUGCUGAGUGAUAA